ACAGAUGUGCGCAAAAUGUGCGUGCGGCCUCUUAUCGCACACCAUCAACCGUCGUUCUCUUCUCGCAGUGUUAUUGCAGUGGUCAGAUCUGCUUUCAAAAUUAUUUGUCACUGCUGCUACAAGCAACCAUCCCAAGCUGCGGUCCCGAUCUAAACACUCUGGGUGUUUGUUUUUCGUUUGUCGGCGAUAGCGAGAGGUGCGGCGUGUGAUUCUGAUAUUAAGAAGCAAGUGAUUUACUUAGAUUUAACGCGAUAAAAUAUGCAUUUGUAGCCGAGAUAGCACCGUACUUUCUAAAGGCCCUUUUGGCGUUUAGAUCGGCCGCAUCUUGGGCAAACGUUUGAGGCGAGUUGUGUAGGCGCAGGUCCUCCAUCCUACCACAAGUGCAAUUAACCUGCAGCGAAACGAGACCCUCUAAAUAGCGGGUCAAUCGAAACGGGCCGCAGCGGGUGAAUCGGAAUUGCUGAAAAGCUUUCUUCGUCCCGUCCUCCCAGUACGAACGAAACGAACGAUGGUUGUUGACCUCGAUCUUCAGGAAGCGGAACCAUCGUCGCUGACAGCUGGACAUGGACGAUCCGGUGUCGUGAAGUAUGAACUGGAAGAACAUCAUGACGAUCGCAACCGAGUCAAAUCUGCCGGAAUUGCGGCAGCUGGCCGUACGGGGCGAACUGCGUGCCUCACCCUUUCGCAGCAUAUGUUGGGCCGUUUUUCUCGGCGUGCUUGAAACGCCCGCCCUGCAGAGUUGGCCCCAGCAGCGGACCGAUGCCCGGGCACACUAUCGUCACCUGAAGGAGCAGUUUGUGCUGAACCCGCACCAGCAAACGACGGACAUCCGGGACGAUCCACUUUCCCAGUCAAAGCAAAGCCUCUGGAAUCAGCACUUUUGUGAUCAGGAACUAUGCGCUGUGAUAAAGCAGGACGUCGUGCGCACCUUUCCCGGGGUGGACUUUUUUCGCAAACCGGCAAUACAGGAACUGAUGACGAACAUUCUGUUCUGCUAUGCGCGCCAGUUUCCGGCUAUGUGCUAUCGGCAAGGAAUGCAUGAAAUUCUCGCUCCGCUCAUAUUCGUCAUCCACAGUGACCAGCAAGCAUUGGCUCACAUACAGGAACUACAUCCGGACGUUGACCGCACCUUGCUCACAGUGCUGGACCCACAGUAUCUGGAAGAAGAUUCCUAUGCCUUGUUCUCGAAAAUUAUGGCCCAAAUUGAAUCGUUCUAUCGCAUUACGGAUGUGGUGCCCACGGCAACUGGAUACUUCCCAGCACAAACACCCGGCAGUCCGCUAAGUUCUAGCCCGGGUGGUGCGAAACGCAAGCCGGAAGUUGAGGUGGUAGAACAGUUGAACUACAUCAAGGAUAAAAUUCUCAUCAAAGAAGAUCUCCAUCUGCAUAACCAUCUGCUCAAGCUCGACAUUCCUUUAGCCAUUUUUGGCAUCCGAUGGUUACGCUUGCUUUUUGGGCGUGAGUUUGCACUGCAAGACUUGCUGCUGCUGUGGGACGCAAUCUUCGGCGAAGGAGACGAUCUCGGGCUCAUCAACUACGUCGUAGUCGCUAUGCUAAUACGAAUAAGAGAUAAGCUAAUUUAUAGUGACUACACAACCUGCCUUUCGUACCUGAUGCGAUAUCCCAGCAACGUCGACAUAGCGCUCGUGAUACGCCAUGCGCUCCACAUGAAGGCACCGAAAGUUUACGAACGACCCGUCGGCGCAAUGAUUUUUCUGUCGUCCCCGUCAAAGCGUCAAACGCACCUGCAGCAACCACAGCGCUCGAAAACGGUCGAAAUGUCUCAGCUUAAGUAUUCCACACUGCCCUCCGUUCACCAGCGCCGCGGCCAGGCGAUCGCGGCCGACGAUCAUCCGCUGCAAAGCCGACCGACGUCAUCGGGUGGUGCUUCUGCAAGUAGCAGCACGGACAUACCCUACCGGACCAGUUCACUGCCAAGAAAUAGCGGCAGCAGCGGCAGCAGUUCGAUGCGGAAGGCAACGGCCGUCGAGCUGCGUCAAGCCGCCUGUUUGGCUACGAAAAAAGCGAUCACGGACUCGUCCCACCCGGAUGUUCGUGAUCCAACCGUCACCGAUGGCUACCGGGAGGAUGAUCCCGAGCUGUUACGGAUCGAGCUGCAAAAUGCGUACAACAUCAUGUCCGUCGGUCGCGCGAAACUGCUCCAAUAUUUAACCGUGCUGCGACGUAACAUUCGACCCACCAAUCCGCAAGGUGAGCUGCAGCAAUCGCUCGAAGGUAUAGAGGAGAUCUGCUCGCUGUUAAAGCCUCGCUACGAUACCGUGUUUCGCGUUCCGGCGCCAAUCGAUGCGGCUACGGAAGCGAACGAAGAACCCCAGAAGGCAAGGAAACCGUUGCCUGGUGGAGCGAAGUUAGUGUCCACCGACGAACAGCAUCACCACGCCAGCAACACCCAGCGUACGCAAACGCCUCCGAACAGUUUAAACCUAACGCGAUCGUACAACUACGAUCUCGACUGCAGGAGAAACAGUGCAUCACAGUCAAGCGUAACGCAGUACGAGAUCCCGGAGGAUCGUUACAGCAAGAUAGCGACUAAGAAGCUGGCCAACCGGAAGGAGGUCGAAAUGAACGUCUUUACAAAAGAUUUCUCCGACCGCCAUCGGCGGAUGGAUGAUAAGGAUCUGCCCAGCACCAAUCCGUUGGGCAACGGGGAGCGAUCGGAAUGACGACGAUUCCGUAAAGGGCCACUUUCUGUAUCGGUUUCGUUUCUUUUAUGAAUCUGCCUUUCUACGGACAAACGGUACGACAAAUCGUGAUCGUGUGAGCAAAUAUUGUACUUUAUUGUGGUACUGCAUCGGAAAUGUUUUAAUGAUCUUGACCGACUGUGCUUUGCGGCCUUCGCUACACACACACACUAUUAUUAUGUUAUGUAUGCGUAUGUUAAUGGCAAAACGAAAAGAUGUGAUAUACAUGUAUUUAAAGGGAAGAAUAAACGCAAAGCAGCUACUGUAUAACCUCCCCUGUAUACGAGGGCCAGAAUAAGUA